AUGAUUCCAGUUGGUGGAAUCACUUGCUGCCUGAGCGCAGCUGCUCUUUAUCUUCUCGGAAGGAGCAGCGGAAGGGAUGCUGAUGUUUUGAAGUCUGUAUCUCGAGUUAAUCAGUUAAAGGACUUGGCUCAAUUAUUGGAUGCGGCAAGCAAAGUGUUGCCAUUGGUAGUUGCAGUUUCUGGAAGAGUUGGUUCAGAUACACCAAUUAAUUGCGAGUACAGCGGUUUGCGAGGUGUGAUUGUGGAGCAAACGGCAGAGCAGCACUUUUUGAAACAUAAUGAUGCAGGAUCAUGGAUACAAGAUUCAGCAUUGAUGCUUUCCAUGUGCAAAGAAGUACCCUGGUACCUUGAUGAUGGUACUAGUCGUGUUCAUGUUGUUGGUGCACGUGGUGCCACAGGUUUGGUACUAACAGUAGGAAGUGAGGUAUUUGAGGAGUCAGGACGAUCCCUAGUGCGUGGGACACUAGAUUAUCUUCAAGGCCUAAAGAUGCUUGGAGUCAAGAGAAUUGAACGUGUUCUGCCAACUGGUACGCCCUUGACAGUUGUUGGUGAGGCUGUUAAGGAUGACAUUGGAUCAAUUCGAAUUCAGCGACCCCAUAAAGGCCCAUUUUAUGUAUCUGACAAAACUAUUGAUCAGCUGAUUGCGAAUCUUGGGAAAUGGUCAAGGUUGUACAAGUAUGCCUCAAUGGGUUUUACAGUGUUUGGAAUUUAUCUUCUUGCUAAGCAUGCAGUCCAAUAUAUCAUGGAGAGAAGGCGUCACUGGGAAAUGCGAAAGAGGGUUCUUGCUGCCGCAGCUAAGAAAGCUGGGCAAGAGGAAGGAGGUUUAAAUGGCAAAGCGGAGAAUAGAUCAGAAAGUACCAAUAAAGACAGAAUGAUGCCGGAUCUGUGUGUCAUAUGUUUGGAGCAGGAGUACAAUUCAGUUUUUGUCCCGUGCGGUCAUAUGUGCUGUUGUAUGGCAUGCUCUUCACACUUGACGAACUGUCCACUGUGUCGAAGACGGAUUGACAAAGUCGUUAAGACUUUCCGGCACUGACAUAUUUCGGAGUUUGUUUUACCAAUAAAUGGUACUAAGAUGACUGAGAUGCUGCUCUGUUUGGCCUCAGGUUAGAGACUGCAUUCUUCUCCAUAACUGCAGUGGAGAAUAAUCUGCCAGGAAAUUGCACAGCUUAUGCGGUUUCCUGUUUCAGGCUAUAUUCACAUAUGCUGACUCUGUGUGCUGAUCGUCUGUUGUUACUAAGGGACGUUCCUAGUAAUUGUAAAUAGCUGUGUUUACCUCCUUGUUGUUACUGUAUGGUAUACAUGUAUCGUCAUGCCAAGAAUUCAAGUUUGCAUAUGAGACAUUUGAGAGAAUGGCCAAGAAUUCAUGACUGAUCCCA